AUGCGGUUUGCAGAGCUGGCAACCCUUUUGGUUGUUCUGCUGCGUGCGUUUGGGGAGGUGGAAAAUGAAAGGGCCACUCACCUCCAGGAGGAUUGCGCUGGGGUGGGUAACAUCGCGUGUGGAGCGCGCUUGUUCCAUCUCAGUGCAGCACGUCGUGAUGUGAAGUACAACCCCCUCAUGGACCUACUCACCGCUGCUGGCUUUUUAGCGGCCUUGCAGGGAGUGCCUUGCAAGCAAGUACGCACUCUGAAACAAGGGUUUGCAGCCAUGUUGCCAGGCCAUGCUGAAGAGGCACAACUGCAAAUCGAUCAGCGUUCCAUUGGGGAGCGCUUGGCUCGCUUGAAGUCCACCUUCAACUUGCAGGAACACCGUCCUACUGCAGCCCCCGAUACGUGUCCUGACCAGUUUACUCAUGCCACCAAGCUGCAUUUGAUCAGCCAUCAAAGAUUGCAAUCCACCCAUAGCGCAGUUUCCAGUGGUGAUUGCAUCCUUUCUCCCAUCCUGCGCAGGGCUCUAAAGGCUGCAAAGGAGGAUGAUGCCGCUUAUACUACCCCUGAUAGACCUACCCUGAGGAGGUGUAAGUCCAAAACCCCUGAGUCAGAGGCUGCACAGACCACAGGAAACAAAGGUCGGGGGAAAGGGAAAGCUUACAUGGCUCUUCUGGCCCUCAAAGGAGCUUUGGCCAAGGGAAAGGGUCGUGGCAGAGGGGGUGGAAAGACACCAGAUGCCCCAGAGGAGACACAACAAACAAAGCGAAAGAAGGCAAACAUGCCCGAUGUCAACAAUGAGACUCCCGAGGAACUCUCUAGCAAGAAGAAGACGAAGAAAGCAGGUGAGACUGCAGAUGACAGCCCAGAUGCUUGUGUUCCCAGUAGCGUCAACGCAGAUGGGACGGAACAUCAGAUACCUAGUGAGACAAAGAAGAAGAAGAAGAAGAAGCCGACAUGUGAGACUGCAGAAAGCCCAUGCGCUUCUGUGAACGCAGAUGGGACAGAAGAACUGACGACUGAGACGAAGAAGAAAAAGAAGAAGAAGAAUACAUGUGAGACUGCAGAAAGCCCAGCUGGGACUGAGGAACAGACAACCGAGACGAAGAAGAAGAAGAAGACUGCAGAAAGCCCAUAUGUGAACACUGAUGGGACAGAAGAACAGACAACAGAGACGAAGAAGAAGAAGAAGACCACAUGUGAGGCUGGAGAGAGCCCGGAGGAGACUGACCAGAAGUCGAAGAAGAAGAAGAAGAGCACAUGUGGGGCUGGAGAAAGCCCGGAGGAGACUGACCAGAAGCCGAAGAAGAAGAAGAAGACCACAUGUGAGGCUGGAGAAAGCCCGGAGGAGACUGACCAGAAGAAGAAGAAGACAACAUGUGAGGCUGGAGAAAGCCCGGAGGAGACCGACCAGAAGAAGAAGAAGAAGAAGAAGGCACCCGAAGAAUGUACCACAUUAGUGGUUGCCACCAAGUCGGGAUCGAACAAGACACCCAACACUGAAGAACCAGACCAUGAGGCUACUACCUACCCAGAAUCAGCGUCAGAAAGGCGAAAGUUGAAAGCCCAAGUGGACACAGAGGCCAGCUGCACUGCAAACAGUUUCAUCCAAUCAAGACUAGAAGAUUUGAAACAUGUCAUCAAGACGCCACGACAGUACCCACCUGCAAGCUAUAGAGACACAAUGGCAGAAAAGAAACAACUCAGCAUUGGCCAUUUCUUGGCCAAACAGGAAACGGAGGAGGAGAAGGCAAAGGCAAAGAAAGAGAAAGGUGCCAAGACUCCGGCCACAGGUGAAGCAUCUGACAGAGGAGCAAAAGGAUCUGAUAUCAGGAAGAACCGUGUGAAACAAGAUGAUGUCCACGUGGAAAUGCCACUCUUUGAGCUGGAAAUCCAGUAUGGUUCCACGGAAGCUGGGAGGGAAUACAUCGAGGACAUCAAGAAAUCCCAGCGUGGCAGGCCUCACCCAGACCGCCAGGUUUCAAGAACAACCAAGUAUCGGAUCUACAAAGUUUACAAGCACACAGAGCACAAGAGUGGCCAUGAAAACGUUGCGGAGACCAAGAUGUCCAAAAAAGCAGAGAUCGAAUUGAAUCCACCUGCAGCUGAUGGUGAUGAGUCCCAAGAAACAGGGACCCCUGGAGGAAAUUCAAGCCCAGCCGCUGAGGGCACCAAAAAAGCCCUUCAGGGAAUGUUUGACGCAAUGGUCCCUCUUUCAGGCAAGAAAUCUCGAAAGAAUGGCUCAGAUGAUGACAGUAGUGAUGAGGACAAACCUAAAAGAAGGAGAGGAGGUCGUGCUGCCCAGAACAGGCAGACACAGGCUGAAGAAGACCCUAAGGUGAAACAAGAAAAACAGGACAAGAAAGACCUCGAGAAAGCCAUCAGAGGGAUCAAGACACUGGCCAACAAAGCUCGUGAUGCCAGCCAGACUUUGCACGCUCUUGCAGGCAAUGAGGCAGGAUACCUGGGCUGUGACGCUAUGCGGGCAGAGUGCAUGGGCAUCUUCCAGGAUCUCAGUGGAAUGGCUUCGAAGUUGAAAUUCGAAGAUGCCGUGGAGUCUGCAAAGUCGGCUGCAAAUGCUUUGAAGCGCCGCAUGAAGAAAAAGGGUGACAAGCCGGACAAGUCCGACACUGCUUGGACGGAGGAGGAUUGGCUCGAAUGGUGGGACAAUGAGGCUUCAAUGGUGCGGUUGCGAGAGCUUACAAGUGCACUACUUGAGAUGCCUUACUUCCUGGCAAAUGCAUUCGAACACUCUGAGCUGGACCGCAUCCGACUGGGAAUGUUUCUUCCUCAUGAAGUGGUAUCAGCAUUCUAUCACUUUAGAUCUGGUGAUCUGUUCUUUGGCAUCCUGACUGGCACGCCGAAAGCGACCUAG